GUCUGUGAGAUUUGGGUUUCUGUGUGUUUUUUUUUUACGAUUCUGAGUCUAAAUGUUAUACCCAAAUAGCAGUUGCUGGAGGUGUUAGGUGAUACAUCCUGUUUAUGCUACCAAAUACUUUAGAUAUAAUAUUUGAUUGUAUGAUUUGAAAGUAAACAUCUUUUAUGUGAUUCUGUCUUUUGAUUGUGGAAGAGUUAACGUUUACCCGUUUUGCAUGCUGUCGGUUCGGGUUUUACUCGAUUAUGUUUAUUUGUUUUGGCCAUUAAUAUAGCGUGCCUAUUUGCCUUCUUUGAACGUAGAAAGCAAUAUCAUUUAUUUUCUCAACCUAUGGAAACAUUAGGAUACCUCGUGGAUUAAAUGUUUACCUUAAUCAGCUUAGGAAUGGAAUAAAAUUAGGAGAAACGUAAAAACGAUAGUAAAAGAGAAAUAAAGAGUUUUUAUUACACAAAUUAUAAGUAGGAAAAUAUGAGAUGUUAGUAGGAGGAAAAGAAUCGGAGCUGUAGAAAGAAAAGAGCAAGGUUUUUGUUUUUGGAGGAAGAUAUCAAAAGAGCCAUCUGACUCUAGGUAGAAUGUUAGCCUUUCAUCUUAUGUUUAUUUCUUCCUGUUCACGGAUUUAGUUUUUGUAUCUUGCCUUUUUAAUUGUGGUUGCUGAUUCUUAAUUGUGUGGCAUCUUAAAGUUCUUAAUUUUACCAUAUGAUCGUUCUUUUUCCCCUCACUAGAUAGUCAGUAUCAUUAUGAGGUUCUUAAUCAUGUUUUCCUCUAUGAUGUAGUAUUUCGUAACCAUGUUCAGAAUUUUGUCGAGCACUACCUGUUUGUAAAAAUGCUUGAUCGGUAUAUGGAGUUCACAGGGCUUUUGGUAUGAUUGUGGUAUAUCUUGUGUUAGCUUAAAAUACAUAGUAAUUGUAGAUGGCUUGAUAGGAUAAUGUAGACUCUAAUGGUAAGAGGUAGGCGGUUCCCAUGAGUGUUUAAUAAAUUAGUUUAGAAUGAUGUUAAGGAUUCAAAUUAUGUUUUUUUUAAGAAUUUUUGAAAUGGAGCAGUCACUUAUCGUGUUCCUCUUGAGAAUUAAACUUGUUUUAUAUCGUUUAGAAAUUUCAUUUUUCUGUCAAGAAAAUUGCAGCCUUAAAGACGGCAAAACCUAUAGCAAUUGAUCAUGAUUUAGGCGAUACUUUGUAAAUGAAAAUUGUUUGCGUAUGUGUCAUCUGCAGCGUGUCAAAAGGACGCGUCGUUUCGACCAGUAGCUUAAUAGAUCAUGUGGACAGAUUUGUGAAACAUUUUUGACCUGAAUUUCGCAGAAGUACAGUUCCGUACAGAACUUGUACGGAAUGUUGACAUACCAUUGCAUCUUAGAAAUUUGAUUGUUCUCUAUAUAUUGCAAAUUUAAAAUCUUAGAAUGUACUGAACUACAGUUAGCAUUUUUGUUAUAUACAAAAUGAUUUUGUUAUGUUUAAAGUGACUUUAUUUUGUUAAAAGUUUACCUGAGCUUGUGGUUUUCAAACAAUCGAUGGGAAAGAAAUAAUGAAGCUUGGCGAAAAAUAUCGUGACCCGACUGUAAUGCCUUGAGUUUCUGGAUUGAACCUUGAUCCGAAACUUGGGGUAUUACAUAACGUUUUAGGAAAUUAUUUAUUCUCAAUGGUGGGAUUACCUUAUGGGAGUUCUUUUUCUUUUAAAAAGGUUGAACCUUAUGGGACUUCUUUUUCUUUUAAAAGGGUUGCUAUUUGAAAGCUUCUUGAAAUUGUAUGGAUGCUUUUCUGUACCAAGUGUAUCCUUGCUCUUUACUUUUUACUUUCUAGAAAGAUUUUUCAUAUGAAUUUGGUGGGAUGUUUUUUACAUCUUUUAUUUUUUCACAGGUUAAUGCAAACUAUGUUGUACUCAGGUUCUUAUCUAUGGAUUAUUUUGUUACAAGAGAAGGUUUAGGAUUAAGUGCGCUUUAGGUGGACUUGAUUUUGCAACUGCAUAGGUCAUGAAGAAGGUUCUUGAUGCGACAAGCAAUGAACCAUGGGGUCCUCAUGGGUCAAAUCUGUCAAAUAUUGCACAAGCUACCAAAAACUAUCAUGGGUAUCAAACGAUAAUGGCUGUGCUUUGGAAUCGAACAAAUGAUAUAGGCAAAAAUUGGCGCCACGUGUACAAAGUUUGCACAUCCCCUAUGCUCUUUCUGAUUUUUGUAGAGCUUUAUAUCUGAGAUGCUAUGGCGCAGUAUAUGUGUGAUUAUGCAUUUUCUCGAAUUUCAUCUUUGACAUUUUCUCGAAUUUCAUAUUUGUGGUUUUGUCAUUUUUUACUAGAGAAAUAGAUUGGAAUCCGAUUUGAUCUUGCAUAUGGUUUUUAGAUUUAGUUUUUAUGAUAUUCAUUUUGCUUCGUUUCUCAACAUGAGUCGGUUUCAUCUGUGACUAAAGACUUUUUGCGUUGAGCUUCAGGCAUUGACUGUUCUUGAAAGCCUGGUGGGACAUGGUUCUUAACGUGUUAUUGAUGAAAUCAAAGAACAUGCAUAACAAAUUCUAUCUGUCUCUUAAUAUUUGCCAUUUGGAAAUGAUCGUUUGCAACAUCUAAUUUGAGUAAGCUUUUACGAUGUAGUUAAGUAUUCUUGAUGAUACUCCUGUUGAGUUUAUUUCGCAACUUUCUGUUAAUCACACUCUUCCAUUUUAAAAUAUACUAAGUGAGCUUCUUUACUUAGACAUAUGCAGACAUUAUCCGGUUUCCAAUAUAUCGACUCCAGUGGUAGGUACCAGGGAAGUAAUGUCAGAAAGAAAUUUCAGUCUUUGGUGGCACUAGUGAACGAUAAAGAAAGAAUUCAAGAAGCCAGACAGAAAGCACUUGCCAACAUGGAGAAGAUUUGUAGCACAAACUCACUCAGGGGAUCUUAUGGGGAUGAAGAUCGCUACGGAAUUAGAGACGAUGACCGAAAUGGUUAUGAGAGAGAAAGUGAAUAUGGCUAUAAGGAUGAUGACAGAAACAGUAGAGGUGGUGAUUCAUACAAUCGCGAUGGAGACCGUUAUGGCAGAGAUUCUGAUGGUGGUUACAAGGAUGAUGAUUAUAAUAGAGGAAGAAGUCGAAGUAAUGAAGACUUUUGUAUGGCCAGAGAAGUAGGAAAUCUGAUGGAUACAGGGAAUGUGGUUGUGAUGACGAUGGUCGUCAUUCAUCAAGGUAUUUGGGCUCAAGUCGAAAAGCAUCUCUGGUGAUGUUGUAGCAGCAGCUGAAUCUACCUAUCAUUUGCAGAGGAAGGUUAAGCAAGCGGAGUCUCGUGAUACUUCUGGUGAUAUUUUAGUCUUUCUUUCCCUGUUUUUCAAUACCUAUGUCAGUUGACACAAACUAGGUUACCCAUCCAUUUAUGAACAUCAAUAUAGAUCGAAUAUUGUAUGCCAAUCACAAAAUUUUAGAUUCAAUAAGUUUACUUGUGUACGUUUAUAUCAAUUGAAGAAUCCUUUCUUUUAUAAUAUUAUCUAGUAGUGAUUCU